AGUGAAGAGGGGACGCUCCGACUUCUCCCGUCUGUCUCUUUCGUUCACUGUUGUAGCGGAGGUGGGGAUUCUCAAUUCCACCCAGUCAGACGCAGGCAGGAGGAUCUGGUAAGACUAUCCCAGGAAAAGCCACUCCGCAGGAAUUCUCCGAGGCGGCGGCGGCGGCAGCAUGAGGUUUCUCUCCACAGAUGAAAAAAUGAGAAAUGUCUCACUGAAAUACUGAAGAAAAAAGCAAAUCUCUUGUCUCACUGAAUUUGCUCACUGGGGACUUCAGGAUGGAAGCCUUGUGUUUAAGAGUUUCCUUGCUGCUGCUGGUGCCGGGAUGUGUCCUCAGCGACAGCUCUGACAGAGACGUUUCCAACCGGAGCGACUCGGGAAAUCCCCUUUCCACCUUCUCAGGGAUGGAAUCCAUUCUCCUCACCACCAUGCAGCCCUCCGUGUCCAACCAGACUGUCAAAUGUUCCCAGCCGACUAAGAUUGCUGAAACUUUCAAAUACAUUAACACCGUGGUGUCCUGUGCUAUUUUCAUCAUUGGGAUGGUUGGGAAUGCCACUCUGCUGAGGAUCAUUUACCAGAACAAGUGUAUGAGGAACGGCCCGAACGCGCUGAUAGCCAGCCUGGCGCUGGGAGACCUUAUCUACAUCGUCAUUGACAUCCCCAUCAUGGUGUACAAGCUCCUCGCUCAGAAGUGGCCUUUUGGAAAUACAGAAUUUGGACAGUUUCUUUGCAAAUUCCUUCCCUUUAUCCAGAAGGCAUCAGUGGGAAUCACAGUCCUUAACCUGUGUGCCCUUAGUGUGGACAGGUACAGAGCAGUUGCGUCCUGGAGCCGUGUACAGGGGAUUGGAAUCCCCAUGAUCACUGCUAUUGAAAUUUUCUCCAUUUGGCUUCUGUCCUUCAUACUGGCCAUCCCAGAAGCAAUUGGCUUUGCUGUGGUACCUUUCAAAUACAAGGAAGAAAGUUAUGUUACCUGCAUGCUCAAACCUACAAAUGAUUUCAUGUUGUUUUACAAAGAUGCAAAGGAUUGGUGGCUGUUUGGUUUCUAUUUCUGCAUGCCGCUGGCAUGUACUGCCAUCUUUUAUACGCUAAUGACUUGUGAAAUGUUAAACAGAAGAAACAGCAACUUGAGAAUUGCUCUCAGUGAACACCUGAAGCAGCGCCGAGAAGUUGCCAAGACAGUUUUCUGUUUAGUUGUGAUUUUUGCUCUUUGCUGGUUCCCUCUCCAUCUGAGCCGGAUUUUGAAGAAAAUGGUGUACAAUGAAAGAGAUCCCAGCAGAUGUGAACUGCUCAGUUUCUUGCUGCCCUUGGAUUACAUCAGCAUCAACCUGGCAACCAUGAACUCUUGUAUAAACCCCAUAGCUCUGUAUUUUGUGAGCAAGAAGUUUAAAAACUGUUUCCAGUCAUGUCUUUGCUGUUGCUGCUCCCAGUCUAAGAGUUUGGUGACUUCAGUGCCCAUGAAUGGAACAAGCAUUCAGUGGAAAAACCAAGAACUAAACAAUCACAAUACAGACCGAAGCAGCCAUAAAGACAGCAUAAACUGAAAAUUAAGGACUCUCACACCAUUUCAGAAUGAAACAGGAAAACAAAAGUCACUACAAAGCUAUUACAACAGGAAGCCCAGUGACUGUUUCAUAAUGAAUUCAGACAUGUGCACCAUUGUACCUAAUUCUAGAGGUGACUGAGCAGAUGGAGUGAGUGUAGCUGUGAUGUCCUGUGAACUGAGAUCCACUGGAUGGUAAUUCUGCGUCUGAAAAGGAUAUUGAUGUGAUUAUGACACAAAAAACUGGCUUGAACUGUACAGGUGGUUUUGCUCUUCUGAAGCAGGCAGGAACUGCCCAGUGUCUGUGACUGGUACAAUGCAAUCUUUUUACCUGAUUGUCACCUCGAAUUAAUCACUCUGGAACUUUUGAGAAGAUAUCAAAAUGGAAUCUAUCUGUGACUAUAUUUUCUCUCUGCCCAUUUGUCUUUUAAGUUCUAUUUCUGUGGUGGAUAAAGUCCACACACCAGUUUGUUUUGCAUGUUGUUGUUGUUGUUGUUGUUGCUGUUUUUCAGGUUUAUGUUAGAAAAUGUUUUGAUCCACACCAGCAUUCUGCCUAUGUUACAAUGGAUUAGGACAUUAUCUGGGCAGUUCACAUUUGUAGCACUUCAGUGUUCAAAUAUAGGAAGAGACCAUUUAAACAGCAUCAACAUUUGGCACUUAAGCACAGAUUAAUACCAAAAAAAGAGGUAUUAAUAAUACAGUACUAUACUGUGUUAUUUAUUGUAAUGCUCUGUACAAAAUAAACAUAGUCUGUAUCAGCAAAAAGAAUGGAAGAUGCUCACAGAUGGGCACCUUACAAUGUGUUUUUAUUAACCUGACAUGUUAAUUCUUAAACUAUAUGAAACUUUUAAUCUAUUUAGACAAUAGCUGCAUUAAAUCUAAACUGAAAUGAGGGUCAGUGGAACAUAGUGAUACCUUAUUAAAGCUGUCCACAGCAUUCUGAGAAUAUGGUUAUUACCAGAGCAGCUAUCUGUUUUCACAUUUUGAACAUGAUGUUACAGUCAGAAUGAGUGUGGAAAUGUGGAAGUCCGUAAGAGUUGGAUGUGCAGAAGGAUAUUUUGUGCCUUAUUUCUUACAGAGUUCUGUCUUACACAACACUCAAAGAUUUUAAUGGGGUUUAAUACAUUAUCAUUUGUAUUGUUAACCAUACAAAUGCUAUUAAAAUAUAUAUAGAAGCUAUUGCUUGCAUAUAUGUAAACUGAUGGUUUCCUUAUUAUUUCCAUCCAUUAAGGCUACAUGGCAAGAGAUUUCAGUUUGCCUAUAAAAAUUUUUAAUAGGUAGCCUUUCAUUAAAUGGUGGAACUCAAUAGUGUGGUGUCAUAUAUAAUAUGUCUCAUGCACAAAUCUCUUAGGCAAUUUAUAGCAUCUUUUGUGCUAGGCUAAGAAGCAGUAAUCAAAAUUCCACAAAUUUUUAAACAUCCGUUUCCUCUCCAGUGAAAGACGGAAUCCUGCAUAGUUUUAUUUAAGAGGUCAAAAUGCUAGUGCCUACAGUGACUUCUGCUGCACAAGUUUCCCCAAUGUUUACAUUCACACAAAUCUUCUGAAGUAUAUUUAAAAAAAGGUUCUUUAAAUUGGUUUGUGUAUUUUUUGUGUGCUUUUGUCUCCGUGACAUAUAUGCCUGUAUAAAUACAUAUAAAUCUAUGUUCAUAUGUUAUAAACCUAAAUACAGUCUUCUGACAGUGCUCUGUGGUAGAGCCUAAGAGCAUGGUAUGGAA